CCACGGUCCACACCAUGGCAACACCACGCCCCAGCAUGCGACCGUUGGCUGCAUGGAAGUCGCUUUUGCGGCAUGCCCGCUCCGCCAGGGUCCAGACUCGCAGCUUUGCCAGUGCGGUCGAGGCAGCCCCAGCGGCUGCGUCGCCUGGGCUUUUCACCCCGGCUGCUGCUGCAACUGCGAAAAAGACUCACAAUCGCAUCAAAACCUACCCGCCUCCACCUAGCACCGCAGCCGCCUGUAAGGACCCUAUUGCCGCCGUGACACAGUCGCAGAUUUCAAUCCUCGAUCCUGCCGGUGCUCGUACUAGGCUCUUUACCAAAACUCAUCCGGAAGCCGCCAAAGUUGGGGAUAUUUUGCUUGUGCGCCUGAAGAGCGGCGAUCCUUUUGCCGGCGUCUGUCUUAACAUUCGGAGGAGGGGCAUCGAUACGGCAAUCUUGUUGCGAAACCACCUGACCAGGGUCGGCGUGGAAAUGUGGUAUAAAGUGUACAGCCCGAACGUGGAAGGCAUCGAGGUGGUCCAGAGGAGACCAAAGAGGGCCCGCAGAGCAAGGCUCUACUACAUGCGGCACCCGAAGCACGACAUGGGCUCUGUCGACAACAUUGUCAGACAAUACCAGAGACAGAGGGCUAUGCUCAGGUCGGGAAACGUCAAGGGCAAGGGCGCCGGCGCGGGCAAGAAGAAAUAGAAAAGCAGCAGUUAUUUGCGCCUUGCAGAGACCACUGGGAGGGCGUGUGUUCAGCACAAACCGGAGAACAUUUAACUAUUUUUAUGUAUCAAUGCAUUAUGGAUCGCCUGCGCCCUUCACAAAGGACCGGGAACCAUUCCUCUGG